AUGACGUCGCUAUCGAAUCUUGCAGAUCAGGAUGAAGCCAACAGCAACAGCAACAACAGAAGAGCCCCACCGCCGCUUCCCCCGCGAGCCUCACAACCAAACGAAAUGAACUCACCUCCUAGCUAUACAUCGGUCAUGGCCAUGUCGUCACACGAUCCGCGGUCUUCAUCGACACAAUCUUUGAUUCCAGACCCUUCCCUGGAGAACACGGGCCGCCGCCGCAUACUGCUUGUGUACGUCCAUGGCUUCAUGGGCAAUGAGACAAGUUUCAGAAGCUUCCCAGCCCACGUGCAUAAUCUUGUCGCUGUGACACUUGCGGACACGCACGUGGUGCAUACCAAGAUUUAUCCCAGAUAUCGCGCGCGUUACAGUCUGGAACAGGCCAGAGAUCAAUUCUCCGCAUGGCUGGCGCCACAUGAGGACCAAUGGACGGACGUAAUACUUCUCGGUCACUCCAUGGGAGGGUUGCUUGCUGCAGAUGUCACUUUGCUAUUCCGUCAUCGUAUCAUCGGCAUCAUCAACUUUGACGUACCAUUCGUUGGCAUGCACCCUGGUAUCAUCAAAGCAGGUCUUGGGAGCAUCUUCACAAAAGCACCACCACCGGAAGACAAGAUACUCACGUCGCCCGCAACAGGAUCCAAGCCUAGCCGAAUGAGUACAAUCUUCAACCCAAAGCCUGCGGAUCCCAACUACAACCCAUCAUUUGCCAACGAUGUUCAUCUGCCAGUGCGGAAGGGCUUGGACAAUGCAUUGCAUUGGUUCAACAAGCAUUCGAACAACAUCAAGGAGGCUGGAAAGGGACUCGUCAAGUCUCACUUUGAAUUUGGCAGCGCCAUGGCCGACUACAAGGAAUUGAAAGAUCGAUAUGCGCGCGUGCGCGCUCUUGAAGAAGAAGAAGAGACGAAACGAAGGAUGGGCAACCCAGAUGUGCGAUCGCCGCCUCGGAUACGGUUUGUCAACUACUACACUGCAAGCACAGGCAGACCGAAGAAACCAAAAUCACCCAAAAGCCCGUCGCCGUCUCGACCAGGAAGCUUGUCGCUACAGCAUCAGGAUAGCGAUGCGAGCGGCCUGGUCACACAGCCGCAACAAGAUCUCAACAGAUUGAACUCCGAGCCUGGUACACCUUCACCUUUGUCGAUUGACGUCAAAGAGCACCGUGGGUCUGAUGUGGUUUCUGCUACACUGCCUGAAAUUCUCUCUGGGACAAGUCCGUCAAAGAAGCUUCCAGACCAGGACAGCGGUCGACUGAUACUACCAGAAAUUCCACCCAUACCACAGGAGCCACAUUUUGUAGACACUGCGCAGAUCGCCGACAAGACCCAACGUCGGGUGGCAGAAAGAGAAUACGACGAAGCCCUUGAAGCGUACCAGAAAGCUGUGAAAGCUCGCAACAAAAUCAUCAACGAGCGUGAAGAUAUGGAGGAAGCAUGGGAAGUGCAGCGGCAACAGCAUAUCACAGUGCCACUCCCACCUCAGUCCAAGGCAGAGCUUACUGGUGAAGAGCUCAGACUCGCGCAAGAGAAGGGAAGAAUGGCAAGAGAGCAAGCGCGUUUGGAAGGCAGAGAGUACCAUUCACCUGCCGAAGAUAUUACGGCGAGCGUCGAAGAAACUCCCAGCACAGCGACACCAGGUUUAGAGUCCGGCCUGCACACCAUGCAACUUGGCGACGCAACCUCCCACAGUCCUUACUCCAACUACUCCUUCUCCCGCAGCGCUAUCCUCAGCCAAACCUCACCCGACGAUCAAGCCUCCGUCACCGACUCCAACUACACAAGCAACACCACCGAGGCCGCUGACAGCAGCGACACCAAGUCCGACAAGAAGAAGAAAGAGAAGAAACUCGGCAAAUUCUGCAUGUUACCGCCCAAAGAUGGCGAUGGACAUAAAGACCCCACCUGGAUCCGGGUAUAUAUGGAGGACAUGGAUGAGGUUGCUGCACAUACAAGUUUAUUCUUCAUGAACGAGACGUAUGAGAGACUUGUCGGGGAUGUUGGGGAUCGGAUCGAGGAGUGGGUCAGGGAGGCGGACAGUGUCAGAGUUGUGAGGGAGAUGAGUGGGAUGGCAUGA